AUGUUAAUAAAAGAAAAUGAUAGCGUAAUUCUGUAUGUUGAUGAGGACAAUAUAGAAUUAGUAAAAUUAAAAAAUGAUGGCAUGUUAAUAAAUAAAAAAGGAACAUUUUUACAUAGAGAUAUAAUAGGAAAGGAAUAUGGAAGUAAAAUAUAUGAUACGUUAGAUAAAAAUUUUAUCUAUGUGUUGAAAAGAACUCCAGAAUUAAUAGCUACAAGUUUAAAAAAAAAAACUCAGACUUUAUAUGAACAUGACAUAUCUUUUAUAUGUUUAUUAUGUAAUGCAUUACCAAAUAAAAAAAUUGUAGAAGCUGGUACAGGCACAGGUUGUUUAACAUAUGCCUUAGCUAAUUGCAUUUUACCAUAUGGAACAGUUUAUACAUUUGAAUAUAAUGAAGAGAGAUAUAAUGAAGUAAAAAAGGAAUUUGGAAAUUUUGGAAAUAUAAAAAAUAAUAUAAAAUUUUAUCAUAAAGAUAUUAUAAAUUACAAGUUUGAUGAGUUUAUGCCUGAUGAUAUAGACUCAGUUUUUCUUGAUAUGCCUAAUCCAUGGCUAUGUGUUAAAAAUGUAAAAAAGAUUUUAAAAGAAAGGGGAGUGUUUGUUAUUUUUUUACCUUGCAUUGAACAGGUUUAUAAAAUAAAUGAAACUUUAGAAGAACAUUCCUUUUGUGAAAUUGUGACAUACGAACUGAUAAAUAAAUCGUGGAAAAUUAUUUUUAAUAAAAAUGAAAAAAGAAUAACAACUCAAAGGAAAGAUGAUCUCUCGAAUGGUAGUCAUUUAGUUCUUCCAGACAACCCUCUCGUGGAUUGUGCAUCUCUCAUGUACCGCUUAUGCCAGAGGGAUAACAAAACGCACACUGGAUAUUUGACCAUGGCAAGGAAGCAGUUGAAUGACGAGCAUGAGCAAGUGGAGUUUGAAUUUAAGGGGGUUAUGGAGUAA